AUGUGCACGUGCGCGAGUCCGAGUUUAGUUUUGUCUCAUAUCCUGUUCUUUUGGGAAGCGCACUUACAAACAUGCCAUUCAAAAUUACACACCCGCACAUACUCUCUCUCUCUCUCUCUCCUACUUGAUCACUCAUUUUCCUUGACCUUGCCCUAUUUUAUCACUCUAUCUCUCUUUCUUUAUAUGUACCAACGUUCAUGCCUUAAUCUGAUCGUCUGUCACAAAUCCAAGAAGAUAAUCCCAAGCCAUUUCCUUCAUGGUAAUAAGCCGUUGCUUAGCAACAAUAUCUAUUUCAGUCUCUACCUGUCAUUUCUUUCUUUCUUUCUUUCUUUCUUUCUUUCUUUCUUUCUUUCUUUUCCCGCCUCUAUUUUAAUCUCUAUCUAUUCUUAUCUAUGUAAGAUAAACGCUGCACGACUACAUGUCUCUUCUAAUCUAUCUAUCUAUCUAUCUAUCUAUCUAUCUAUCUAUCUAUCUAUCUAUCUAUCUAUCUCAGUUCCUUCAUAUCUAUCGAUCUAUCUAUCUAUCUCAGUUUCUUCAUAUCUAUGUAUCUAUAUCAGUUUGCUCAUAUCUAUCUAUCUAUCUAUCUAUCUAUCUAUCUAUCUAUCUCAGUCUGUUUACCUACCUAUCUACCUAUUUAUAUCAUUUUCUUCAUAUCUAUCUAUCUAUCUAUCUAUCUAUCUAUCUAUCUAUCUAUUUUCUAUCUAUCGCAUCUUUAUCUAUCUAUCUCCUUCUCUAUCUUUCUUCAUCUAUCUAUCUAUCUAUCUAUCUAUCUAUCUAUCUAUCUAUCUAUUUCAGUCAUUUCAUACCUAUCUAUCUAUCUAUCUAUCUCAGUUUGUUCAUAUCUAUCUAUCUAUCUAUCUAUCUAUCUAUCUAUCUAUCUAUCUCAAUGGGUCUGUCUGUCUAUAUAUCUAUUUCAGUCUGUUCAUAUCUAUCUAUCUAUCUAUUUAUCUUUCUUUCUCAGUGUGUUCAUAUCUAUCUAUCUAUCUAUCUAUCUAUCUAUCUAUCUAUCUAUCUAUCUAUCGCAGUCCGUUUAUCUACCUAUCUCCUUCUCUAUAUCAGUUUCUUCAUAUCUAUCUAUCUAUCUAUCUAUCUAUCUAUCUAUCUAUCUAUCUAUCUAUCUAUUUCAGUCAUUUCAUACCUAUCUAUCUAUCUAUCUAUCUCAGUUUGUUCAUAUCUAUCUAUCUAUCUAUCUAUCUAUCUAUCUAUCUAUCUAUCUAUCUCAAUGGGUCUGUCUGUCUAUAUAUCUAUUUCAGUCUGUUCAUAUCUAUCUAUCUAUCUAUCUAUUUAUCUUUCUUUCUCAGUGUGUUCAUAUCUAUCUAUCUAUCUAUCUAUCUAUCUAUCUAUCUAUCUAUCUAUCGCAGUCCGUUUAUCUACCUAUCUCCUUCUCUAUAUCAGUUUCUUCAUAUCUAUCUAUCUAUCUAUCUAUCUAUUUCAUCUGUUCAUAUCUAUCUAUCUAUCUGUUCUCACAAUUUAUGCCUUACAGUCACAUCACGAAUGAGAAAAGGAACUAUCUAUCUACCGCCCAGUUUAGGCUUCUUUCUUUCAUUCUCUUUAACAUCUGAGUUAUCUCAGUCCGUCUGUCUCUCUCUAAUUCUCCCAUUUUCUGCUUGA